UCCACCUUUGUUCAUUAUAUUUCUAAUAGACCACGACGUAUGUCGACAUUUGGUUUGGAAACACCAUCAUAAAGAAACUUUUUAUUAAAUAUCUGUUUCAAUGUAAAACGGAUUUUCAGGGGGAGGAAAGGUAACAGUAAAUAACCCAUGAGGAAACCAUUGGAGGGAAGCCAUGAAUUUACAUUGGAGUCGAUGCAGUCGGUGACACAAUAUAACGGAAUAUUUGUUUCCUUAAAAGGUGUUUGAGAAAAUCGAGAUGUCUAAGUGAUAAAUGAUUCAUGCAUCAACAGUUUUAACUUCAUUUUGACGUCUUUAAGUAUUGUAGACAACGAAAAUGAAUCCUGGAAGUGUGAAUUUUCUAACACCGAUGACACUGUCAUUAUCGGUUCAAAUGACAUUAAAUGUGACUUUUCUGUUGUCCCUAUUAUUAGGUGUUUGUGUAGGAAGUUCUGGAACAUUAGGACUGGUAGGCGAUCUCCCCGAAGGAACUUCUGAUCUGGGACCUAUUGUAUAUGAUUGUGAAGAACAUGAUGAUCAGUUUGAUCAAUGUCAGAAAGAUAAAGUUGGUUAUGAGGCAAUCGUGGCAUUACAUACUCUGAUAGAUGAUGAUAAGAAUGGUAAUGUUGAUCUACAGGAGAGUGAUGAGUUUUUACGGGAUGAGCUACAGAUGACAGAUGGCCAUGAAAAACAACAGAAAUUUCAUGGUAAUGAUAAGCUAGUUACUGUUGAUGAUCUGUGGAGAAUAUGGCGAGGGUCUGAAGUGUAUAAUUGGACUGUAGAUGAUGUAUUAGUAUGGUUGGAUGAACAUGUAGAUUUACCAGAAUAUUCAGAAAAAUUUCGAGCCAAUAAUAUAGAUGGUCAGGCUCUACCCAGAUUAGCGUGUAAUAAAUCUCCAUUUAUGUCAGUAAUCGGUAUUAACAACAUUGUACAUAAACAGAAAUUAUUUCUUAAAGCCAUGGAUUUAGUUUUAUUUGGCACUCCAAAAAAGGUUCACAAUUAUGUAAAAGAUGUGGUGUUGUUGACGUCACUGGUGGUAGCUAUUGGGGGAUGUUGGUUUGCGUACAUGCAUCAUCGGUACUCUCAACAGCAUGUCCAGAAACUCAUGAAAGAUCUAGAAUCUCUACAAAAAGCAGAAGAGGCAUUGCAGGAAUUACAAGAAAAGUUACAUAUAACAGAGGGUGAUAAUUUAUCAUCAUUAGCUGGUCAUUAUCAAGAUUCAUCUAUGAACAAUGCAAGAACUAAAGAGCCACAUGAAGAGACAGCAGAAGAAAUAUCACGUUUUAAGAUAGCAGAGGCGGAGUUAGAACAGGUCCGCUCUGCCUUGCGUCGAGCUGAGAAAGAACUUGAACACGAGAGUAAAUGGUCUGCACCAUCACAGUUACAGUGCUGGCUACAAUAUACUUUUGAAGUGGAACAGAUUCAUUUUAACGCUAAACGUCAUGCAGCCGAACUUCAACUACAGUCAACCAAAGAAAAUUGUGAAAGAAUUAAGAAAAGAAACAAAGCUUUCUUUGGAUCAUUACGAAUGGCUCAUAGUACUUCAUUAGAUGAUAUCGAUCAACAAAUUUUAAAUGCUAGGGCCUCACUAGCUGAAGUAAAGAAUGAUUUACAAGAAAGAUUACAGAGAUGGUCAGCUAUAGAACAGAUGUGUGGUUUUCCUAUCAUGACAAACCCAGGUAUGCCAACUUUAAAACAACUAUUAGAAAGAGAAGUUAGUCAAGGACAAUAUGGAGCAUUACGGGCAGCUAAUCUAGGCCCGGUUGGUGUUGAUGAUGCUGAUGAAGAUUUGCCGCCAUCAUACCCAGCAGCAUUAUUAAGCAGCAGUAAGUCAUGUAACGGCUUUAUUAUACGACCAAAAACAUUUUCAGUGACAGACAGAAAGUGUAAUAAAUUUCGUUCUCAAUCUCUAUGUGGAGACAUUUUAACUCCUCCAAAGUAUAAAACCACUCGUUCUAAAAGUCAUCACACUAUUGGUCUACAGUCGCAUAAAAAGCAUGGAAUGGGUAGCCAAGGAUCUUUAAGUCGCGUUGGAUUAAGUCGAGUCAAUCACACGAACGGAACCUCCAUGACACCUGAAUCUGCUAGUCCUAAUAAUGGCCAUGGACCUGUUUUAUUUAAUUUGGGAGACAAUACUCCAUCUCCACAGCCAGAUCUGAUUGGACAGAUGGUAGCUAAUUAUCAUAAUAAUGGAUCAUCAAACUUUGUGCCUAGUCAUGGAAAGGCUCUCAAACAUUCUCAAUCUUACGAUUUAGCAUCCUCGGCAUCUGAGUCUAGUUUGACAAGUUUAACAGAUAAGCGCAGUCAAUCAAGCUCUGCUCUAAAACACUUGUCUACGAGUCCAAUUCCAGAAGACCUUGCACUUUACUCAGAUAAUUCCCUUAAAAAAGAUAAGAAAAAGAAACCAACAUUUUUAAAAAUGUUUAAAUCGAAAGUGAAGAAAUAAUGUUUUGAAAUAAUUGUGGUAGAAAUCUUCAUCAACACCUAUAUGAAAGCCAAAUUGUCCUUUCCUGAUUAUUAAUAAAAGUCAUCGAUAUGAUGUUGUGCCUUGUAAGGUUAUCAUAAUCAACCAAAACAAAUAUCACAGAGAUUAUCACAUCAACGCAAGUUUUCAUUUAAGGAUACCCGUAACAACUGAACUUGUGUAGCAACUACAGUAUUUAUUUCCUGAUACAUCUACGCAAAGCAAAACCAAAGCAAAAUUAUAGAAAAAUAUUGCAAUUAGUUGGAAAAGAUUUUAACACUUGAAAUGUUCCUGAAUAAGGCGAAGGUUGACUUGGCUCCUGACAGUGUUGCAGUGAAGCCCUUUAGUACAUGUAUAAUAAAUAGGGGACCCCUGUGUCAGCAUUAUAGUGAAGCUCUAGUGUAAUGAUAUUGUAGUAAGAUAUACCCCAAAAUAGUCCCAUAAAAUUGUUUAUUAAAAAUGGAUAUGAAAACCAUUGCACAGUACAAUAUUUGACAAAUAAGAAUCAAGCUUUUUAAACACGUAUGUAACUCUGAUUUGAGUGGAUGUAUUUUUAGUGUUGUGGUCGCCGAUUUAUAACAAACCUGACAAAACCCAUGACCCAAGCAGUGUAUACCUUCGUAAUAAAUUUAUUGACAGCUCCCUUAAGAAUUUUACAGUAUUCUUGAAUCAGGACAAAUGUAUUGGAUGUUCACACUGUAGCUUUCAUCACUGCUAUUAUUAUUGGUUGAUUUUAAUAACUUUUUCCAUGUUGAGUGUGGUGUGGAAUUGGAAUUUGUUAGCCAUUGCCUCCAGAAUAGUAUAUAGAUUUGUUGUUUCGUCUUGUCUUCCGCUGGGGUGCAAUUCUCCUCUUUGCUUUGUAGUUGAAAUAUUGAUUGUUUCCAGGUACACAAUUGAUUAAUCUGUUAGACUGUCUAAAGUUUAAACAUUUCAAAGAAGGAUCUUUCUAAUGACCAAAUUAUUGAAAUAAAAUUUAAGACAUGAUAUAUAUAAAUUUUUCUUCAAAGUUUGGAUAUAUUUUUAAAUCGAUGAUUAUAUUAUAAACUACCCACCUUGAUGUGCUGAAUUACUUGAUUCAUUCUUAAUAAAUUUACAAAAUUAUUGUCCUAAUAAUCCACAUGUUUUAGGCAUGUUUGUGAAGUAGCAGAGUGCUUUAAAUUUAGAUACAUGUACUGAUUGUCAAAGCUAAGAAACAGAUUUUAUAACUCGAGGGUGGUAUUUUGUAGACUAAAUAAAAACACACAAACGAAACUAAAGCUGUUUCUUGUGUUCAUAAAAAUACUGAAUUAUGCAUCUUUUGUAUGCAUGCAGAGAAUGUCAUCCAUUUUUCUGUUUAUUCUUCUCACAAGUUUGUUGGUGAACAAUCUUGUUUGAGAAAAAUGAGUAAUAUGUUGAACGAUUUUUAGUUUAAGAAAAAAUGCCAUAUGAUUCAGGUUUUUUUGUGUGUUUUUUUUAAAAAAAGUAUCAGUUAAUCUAUACAAUGAACAUUGUAUUUAAAAUGGUUUCAUUUCUGUGUUUUAUAAAACAAAGGGUCCCCCAUUGUAUCUAAUACAAAAAAUUCCUUGGAAUAAUAUUAAGCUUUGUUUGUGAUAUUUGUAUCAUAGCUGACUAAUGUAUAAAUAUAAGUGAUGUAAAUAAUUUGUAAUGGUACCCAAGCAUAAAUUCCUUUUUUCAUUUAUGUCUUGUGAUAUUUUUUGUGUGUGUUUAGUUAUGCUUUUUGUUAUUGGUUUACAUAAUUCAUUUUCAUUACAACUGUGGCUAUGAAAGGUUGUAGGGGCAUUAUUAAUGCCAAAUGGUACUGCACCUUGCUUUAUUAGUUCUGAGAAAUUCAAUUGUUUGAAAUGAAUGACGGUCGACGGAUGAGUUCAUCAGGUUUAUUAAAUUAUAUUACUUGUGUUCUCAGAAGAUGCAUGUUAUGCCCCAUAGUGACAUUAGGGAAAGUGAAUUCUGUCUAAGCCUGACGUUACUGCCUCUUUUGUUUUCAAGUCCCAGAUAUAGCACUUGUAAUCAAGGUUUUUAUUGUAAAAUACGGUUAGAUGUUGUAUAUUUAGAAUAGUUAAAAAUAUUGUGUAUUAUGACGUGUACAUUUCAGUAUAGCAUUUUGACUAGUCACAUCUUCUUUAUGCCAUCAUUGAUGUUAUAUAAUCCAUAUUAUUCUUUCACAAAAUAUACUGUAUUCAUAAAUUACAAAUGAAUUUCAUGCUGUAUUUUGGUUGAAAUUAUGGGCCUGAUAUUUUUUUUAAAUAAUAUAAUAUCUUUAAGUAGUCUAUUUUUUAUAAUAAUUCAUUAAUGUUAUUGUAGUAGUUAUUAUGCACAAUUGUUUAUUCUCAAGUUUUCUUUGAAUAUUUAUGUAACCUUUGCCUCCUCAUGAGGUCUAAUUGACUAAAAUUUGACUAGUCAAGAUGACUAAUAAUUAGUUUCUGUAUAAACUGUAUAAUUGUAUGAAUUGUUAUUGCAAUAUAUGUUAUUAAAUUAUCAAAAACUUCAUAUCAUUGUUUAAUAAACAAAUUGUAUAUAAGUGUAUUGUAAUUGAUGUGUAUAUUAUAGGAUCUUUGUUUGAUGUAUUUAGUUCAUGGCACUAUUAGAAUAUACAUUUAUUGUUAUCUUGGGUUUUUAUUUUAAGUACUGCCUCCUAUUUCUUUCCUAAUAGAUAUUUAACCAGUGUGAUACAUCUAUGUAUGUAGAAUCUCAUUUACUAUGUAUUACUGUUGAAUUAUCACCUAUAGACUACAUAGAUACUGUGAAUUUUCACCUGUAGACUACAUAGAUACUGUUGAAUUAUCACCUAUAGACUACAUAGAUACUGUUGAAUUAUCACCUAUAGACUACAUGCAUGUAGAUACAUUUAUAUCUUGAAUAAUUUUGUUUAUGAGACCUUGUAAAAAUGUAGGCUCCCCAAUCCUUUCCUAUCACUAUAUUAAUAUAUUAAUUUUUCCUUGAUUGUUUUAAUUUUAGAUUAAUUAAUUUGUUUUCUCUAAAUUUUCAUUUGUGUACAUGUAUUGAGCAUAGUGUUAGACUAUUUUUUGGUAAUCUGCCCCCCCCCCCCCCAAAUUUUUGUAUCAUGAUAUUGGGCACAAAUAUGUUUUUUGGUGGGUUUUUUUUCUCUCUUUAUGAGUUAGUCAUUAUAUUAUGCUUUACCUACCACCACAAGGAAAACCAGUUAAAACUAAUUAAACUAUUCUUCAAUGUGAACAAGUCAUUAGAGGGGUCAGGGCCGGAAAAAAAAAUCCUGUGUCAAACUGGUUAAGAGAUAGGUUAUUUACACCAGGAACUGAAAAUACACAACAAGCAGAAUAACCUUAUCAGACGCUCAAAUUUCAAAACCUGUUUUGCUUUAAAAGCAUAUAUUGCAUUUCAUGUUUCUUUGUGAGUGUCACUGCAUAUUUUAUUCUAGAUUGUUGUUUUCGAAUCUGGUCUAAUUUGGGGCUGGGGUUUCCCCUGAAAUAUGUGUUCUACAUAUAGAAUAUGGAGGCCCUCACUUUAUGUACUAUAAAUCUGGUCUCCUAUGUUACACAUCAAUGAAAAGAUAUCUUAGGUUGUCUAACAUCGUUUUAUAUGUGGUAAUAGGGUAGUUUCUAAUUUGUACUUUUUUUUAUUGAAAUUGGAAAAAAAGUCCUGUAUAAGUUAUAAAUAUAGAAAACCUUACUUAGAUUUGAUGUUAUGAAAUAUGUCAGUCAUUCAGUCUACCUCAGUGGUAAUAAAAUAAUUGAUAAAAUAUGUAAACUUCAAACUCACAUCAGUAAAGCAAAAAUCAAUUAGUUUUGAUUAUUGAUAUGUGUAACUGUGGAAAUAAUAAAUCUCGGGGCUGUGCAUGACUGCUUUUGAUAUAUAUUUCAAUGUAUGUAUUUCUGUAUUUGUAGCAUUGAGGGUUCUCUUUGAUCAUAUAUCAGAUAACACAUAUCUUUAAUAUAAAUUAUAGGAUAUUUAAACAUACAUUAUGCAAGAACUAAAUCUGCCUAUUGCAGGUCUUUCUUUAGGCCUGAAAUUUUUAUAUAAACUAUUAAUUAGACUUUUAUUAACAUGACAAGACCAUAAUCAACUCUCGAUUCCAUUGGAUAUCUCAAAUAUUAAGUAGAUUAGAACGGUUAAGCCAUAUUUUGAUUUCAUUUAAAAAUGGUGAAUCGAGGCUAAGCUUCGAAUAACCAGUGUGUUGGUUGCAAUUAAUGCACACAUCUUGUCAAACUGUCAAAAGCUAAUAUCUUGGCUCGCGAUGGAGCAAUUUGAAUGAAAUUUUCAAUAAAUUCAUUUUGUAUUAUCUAUUUUCGAACUAUAAUGGUAAGAAUGGCAAGCUCUUUAUCUAAAUCUUACAUAAUGUAUCUUUAAUGUAAGAUGUAUACAUAAACUUAUCAAUGAAUAAUAAUAAAAUGAAAAUACACCUUUUACAAAUUAAAGGGUAAAUAAAACUCUCAGUAAAACCUCAAUAUUUAGGGCUCCAUACUUUUGUUUUAACCUCUAGGGAGCCGAGUUUGUGGCAGUGGAAGCCUACAAUACAAAUAACUGCAAGACAUUUCAUGUGGAUUGUCAACAGUUUUAAGCUAAACCUAAUAACACAUAACUUUUUCAGACAAGGAUGAAAGUUGCUACAUUAACUGGGUAAAUAAACAGAAGUGACAAAUUUCCUCAUCUCUGGAGGAGGUGCGUGUUAUCAGUUCAAAUUUGGGACAGCAGAGUAAAUUUUGGGUGAAUUGUUGUAAUUAAACCAAUCUUACAUGCAAUUGUUCUGUUGUGUAAGAAUGUAAGCUUUCACAUACUCUGAAUGAAUGGUUAAAGCAGCUAAACCUCUUUAAUAUAGGUCAAAAGUCAUUUGAUGUCAGUGUGGUUAGUGAUUGCACAAGUUUUAUAUAAUCAAAUAUAUGUUUGGAAAGUUAAAGUUGGUUAUACAUUUUUGUUUUGAAAGAUAAAGUGGAAGUCGUAAACAUUACAAAUUUUAGUUCUAUUUUUGGCUUACUGUGUGAACACAAUCAAUGAUUAGCUUCAUCUAUGACAUAAAAUUUUGAAAUAAUACAGAUUUUUAUCCCACAAAGCAUAUCAACACAUAAAUUUCAAUAAAAUUGUCAAACCUAGGUCAAAGAGGUGUAGCCAUUUUAACGUAUGUAUAGCAUGAUUGGAUUCAAAUUGGGCUUUUUUUUAACAUGCAUGUCCAUGUAAUAUUAUUGCCCUUACAAGUUCUAUGUAAAAAUGGAAUUAAAUUUGUAUAGAGUUGUUUUAAUUGUGAUUUCUUGAUCUAUUCAACCUACGUUUGUCCUUCUUGCUUCCAUAUCUAUAUUAAGAGGAUAUUUUUGAUAUGCUUAAAUUGUUAUAAAAUAUAUUAUACAUAAAAUAUAUUGUUAAGUGUACAUAAUUUUUCAGCUUUUUUUUGCAAAAUUUUUACUCACCUAUUUGUUAUUGAAUAUUUUUCAUCUUUGAUUCAAUAAUUCUGUCGUAUAUAAUAAUUCUAUUAUAUUGUUAUUUUUAUUAUCUUUUUUCUGUUUCUUCACCAUCUCUUUUAACAAAUCUCUCAUUGAUGUAGAUGCUCAGAUUUAGACAAUGCAAUUCAUGGCGACCAAGUUACUUGUAUAACGUUAAUAACCUAUGACCAUUUAUAGUCUAGGCCUACCCAAUUUAUUUUACCGCUAAAUAUUUAUUAUUAUUAUUAUUAUUACACAUGAAAUAUAUUAAACUCUGGUGAACUCGAUAAGUUCAGCUCUUUAAACACGAUCUUAUAAUGGUGGCCCAUUAUGUCAAAGAUCAAUAAAUGGAAAUUCGAACUCGGAUCUUGCAACUGGGAAAGAGGAGUUAUAAGCUACUUUAAUAUGUUUGGUUUUUUUUUACCAAAACAAAUAUGUGUUAAAAGACUAAAUUGCUUUCUGUUAUUAUCAGUUAUUGCUGUGCUAGUUAACUUUGAGUGCCAAAAUUGUACUGAGACCCAGUGACAACCCAUUACUAAUUUGACUAAACGUGCUUGCCAGAAAUAAUGCAGUUGAAUUAUGAUUUUUGGCAGUUGGCUGGAUAUUACCGACACAGGGAAAUCGACAAUAUUCCAAGAAGACAUAACAACUUAACUUUGCAGUGAAACGUGGAUACAAGGGCUAAAAAUCAAGGCAGUAAUGGGCUACUUUAGCAGACACGCGCGCCGUUCAGCGUCACCCCAUGAAGGAGAGAAUCCUGCUUGUAAGAUCCUUCUCUGCUCGCAAUGCAGUUUCCCGUUAUUUUGCAGUUUGGUGAUGACGGGAAAUGUGUUGCUUAUGCCUUCUUGAACCAACCACUUUUUAUAACAUCGUGAUUUUCAGCAUGCCCAGCAUGUUCAUUGCGUCUCAGUAUAUAUUAUGCCAAAAAGGGAACACAAGUUACACAAUUGCUGUUCUUUAAAAUAUUAAGAUCAACAAUAAGUACUAUAUUAUUACUGCAACAAUUAUUACUUUUUGUUUGUUUAAAAAUAUAAUAUCAUCAUGACUUCUUAUUGUUUGUUAUUAGAAGAAUAUGCCCCACUACUUUGUUAUCCAUCGCCAGACGAAGUUAUGGGAAAGAUACUGAAAUGGGGUCCGUCCGUCUGUCCCCGUUUUUGUUUCCAGAGUAUAGCACGAAACCUUCCACACAUAUCAUACUAGUAUAGUAGUUUUGCUUUUUGUUAAUUAAUUUCUCGGAAUUUUAAAUUUGUGUUUCCAUGAAAACAGAUUUUGGUAUACAAUUCAAGAUAUCUUUGUGGAACAUAAUUGAACUUCUGGUACUAUUUGUUAUGCACCUUAUAGCAUGUACACUGGUAGUAUUUCAUAGUUUCGAUUAUCAAAAAAAAACUAAACAGAAUGUCAAUCUCUGUAGCUUCCAAAGCAUAUCAUAAGGUCUGUCAUUGAGUCAACUGGCAUGGUUUCGAUUCCCCGGUUGUACGUGACAAGGAGUGAGGUCGCCUGUCCAACCUCGUGGGUUUUCUCCGGGUCCCCCGGCUUCCUCCCACGCGCAAGCAAAUUACUAAAAUAAAAUUGAACUAUAUGUUAGUUCCGAAGUGACCUAGUUUGUGUCGAGUGGACGUUAAAUCCCAUCUCUCUCUCUUUCUCUGUCUCUCUCUCAAAAACUUGUUUUCACGGCAAUGUAUAUAGGCCUAUUGCUUUGUUUUUAUAAGAAAAUAUAUAUAUAUGAUAUUAAAACUGGAAAACCCUUUUAUUAUUCUGUUAAAAGCACAAAUCUAUUAUUUUUCUACAAGAUAUUAUAUGUAACUAUAAGAGAAUAAAGUGAUAUUAUGUAUGAAAUAUAAAAAGCGACAACAGCGUCUUGAGAGAAAACUUGGCGCCAUUCCAUUAAUCUUUUCUUUUACAUCUUUUCUCUUUAAAUACAACUCAUAAGAAUAAAAGCAGUUACCAAGAUUUUA